CGAGCUCGUCAGUGUUGUUCGGUGCGCCGGUCUUACGUUACGUGUGUUCAUUUCAUUUAAAAUACCUAUAGAAUACGUGUUAACAUUUUUAAAAUUGUCAUACACAUCAAGCGAAAUCGAUUUGUGUUUUACGCGUGUUUUAAUCUGUGCCAAAAACAGUUGACAGUUGUAUUUGAAUUUGACUUUUCUGUUAGAAAGUGAGCUCGGAGUGUUUUUCUGCCAGCUACCGAUGGCGAAGCGGUGAUGGCGUGGACCAUUCGCGCCGUGGCGCUAUGGUGCGCCGUGGUCCUGGCGCUGUUGACCACGGCCGCCGCGUACACCGUCGAUUGCAACCACGAGUACACAGACUGCGACACUGAACUCAGUAAAAUGACAACCGACGAGGAAGAAGUACCCCAACGUCAGCCGUCGCAUCUCACCAUACCGCCGUUCAUCUUCACAACAACACAACAACCGAAGAAGAUGUUCACAGAAACACCAACAACAACCACAACUGUAACACCAUCCCCACCAAUAACAACACUAGCGACACCCACCACAGAUUCUAAAAUAGACGUAGAACCAACAGAAAUGACUGAUCUAACCGAUUCAAUAUUAAAAGCCAAACCAAGAUUAUUAGAUUUAAGUGUAGAUGAACUGCAGAGCUUUGCAAAUGCACUACACAAUCAAACGAAUCAAGGUAUAAAUAGGAAACUUUCUGAUAUAAGCGAAGUAUCUUUGGACGUAGAUGAAGAUGACGAACCACCAAGAUUAAUUACCAGCAUACCUAAGAAUAAAGAUAUCACAGAUAAAUUUUAUUCUAACCUCCAAGUUCCAUUUAAUCCAUUAUUGUCAAUCGAUAAAUCAGAUGAAGUGGAAAUGUGUAAGGAAAAUGAAAUCAUUUAUAAGGUAGGUGAUAGAAUAGACAGGGGAUGCGAUGAAACUUGUGAAUGUACUACUUCUGGUAUAUUCGAGUGCACGCCGCGCUGCAAGCAUCCGUAUACACGUCGGGGGAGACGACUGAACGAUCCUCUUUGCUUCGAAUCACCAGUAGAUGAAUGUUGCUCUAUUAUUGCGUGUUCCACCGGCACUGGAGCUACUAAGGCAGACGCGUGCAAAUUCAAAAAUGAGAGCUACGCUGUAGGGUCAACCUGGAACAUCGGAUGUCAACAGACGUGUGUGUGCGAAGAGCAUUCGGUGAUAUCUUGCAGACCUAGAUGCAACCGGCUACAAACAUCAGAGAAGUGUAUAAACGUGCAAGAUCCGAAUGACAAUUGCUGUGAGAUACAAGUCUGUGAUGUAUCGUCUGAUGCGCACGAGGAGCCAGAGAAUAUCACAAUGACUACAUCAACCACCACAACACCAUCGACAACCACACUGAUCACAACUACACCAGUUACCACCACCACUUCAACCAUGAUUUCGUCUUUUCUGGCAUCAGAGACUGGAAGAUCGUUGGACGAUGAGAAUGAAUCCUUCAGGCCGACGAUCAGACCUCUUGUGUUAACAGAACCGAUAGGAUCAGUAACAGUACUUCAAAACAAUAGUGUGCAAGUCAACUUAAUGCAUAUGAACAACAGCGAAGAUCCAAUACAUCUCUUGCUAAGUAGCGAUGGUGGAAGAACAUUCCGGGACGUAGAAUUAAGAUAUACUAAUCUGAUACUAAACCUAGAAGGUGGCAAGGAUUAUAUUUUGAAAACAAAAGAAACAGGAACUAAAUUUAACUUCACAAUAACAGCAACGGAUUCGACUUCUAAUGAAGUUCCAGUAGAAGAAACGGCUAAUACGUACAAAAUAGGAUGUCAUCAAGAUGGGAAAUUUUAUGCUGUUGGUGAGGAGUUCCACAUCGGAUGUUCAGAGUUGUGCGAGUGCACCGGGGAGGAGAGACGCGAGUGCGCGGCGCUGGUGUGCCCCUCGCACGUGGGGCUGGAGCUGGUGAGCAAGGGCUGCGUGCGCUGGGCCACCAGCCCGCCCGCGCACCCCCCCAACUGCUGCCCGCGGACCGCGAGGUGUCUCAGUGAUGGCACUUGCCAUUAUAAAGGAGUCGCAGUACCAAACUGGAGCGAAGUUCCGUUAACUCUGACUGGCUGCGAACAGCGUUGCUUCUGUGAGAAUGGUGAACUGGACUGCCAGGAGGUGUGCUCGCCAUUGCCCUCGCUGCCGCCGCAGACACUGCGGUGUCCGCCGAACCACCGCCCCGCAGCCGUCAACAUAUCUGACGAGGAUUGCUGCAAGCAAUGGGGAUGUAUACCUAAUGGUCCAAUGCCAGGUUUUCCAGGUAAACCUCAUCCACCUGAGUUCAUACCAACUAUACCUCCAGAGGUCCGAUACCCACAAGAAGAGAUAGUAGAUUAUGAACAGAACAAUAUACAUCGACCACUCAAUCUUGAUCCAUCGCUCGCCGGAAUACCGAUGCCACCGUCAUAUUCUGAUGACAAUAAAAAACUGUCCGUUAUUUUACUACAAUCGGACACACCGACAAGUGUUAAAAUGAUUUUCGGCCUACCUCCAGUUUUAGUCGGGUUACGAGGGAGCGUCGACCUUCGAUACACUGAUACGGCGGACGAGGAUAUAUCUCAUUGGUAUUCACAAAUAUUUGCUCCUGCGGAUGAAAUUCUGGGCACACAGAGGUUGGACUUCAGACUGACUGGUCUGAAACCUUCUACCACGUACAAAAUACGUGGCAAAUUGUACUUACAUAAUCUGCCCGUUGAACCGGAGAGUGAUGUAUUCAAUGUGCGCACUCUAGAUUUGCCAGCGGUUCAACCCGAGGAAGAAAAGCGACGUGAGAUCAACAGUAGAUUAACAGUGGUAGAGGUCAACGAUACUACCGCGCGCCUCAGUUGGAGACACUUCACUGACGACGAACUGCAGUAUAUUGAUGGUAUUCAAGUUCGGUAUCGUCCGGUGGGCACGCCUAUCUACAGUAUGACGGAGGUGCUGCACCACGCGCGCGCCGCCGCCGAGCUGAGCGCGCUGCGCCCCGCCGCCCGCUACGAGGCCGAGCUGGUGCUGAUCCCGCCGCCGCGCGCCACCACCGAGCUAUACGAUAACACUAAAGUCGAGUUCACAACAUCGCCUUAUGUCGAUCCAUACAAUUGGUCGGUAACGGUAGAGGUGCAUACGGUGGGCGCGGUGGCGGCCGAGCUGAUGUGGCACGGCGUGCCCGCGCCAGCCGAGCGCUGGGUCAGGAUAUACCGGGCGGCGCACGCGUGCGGGGCCGCGCGCAACGAGCACGACGACUUCCGACUGGCCACACGAGACCUCCCCCCCACUGUCACUCUUAAUGGACUUACACCUAACUCUAAAUGCCGAGUAUGGCUUGAACUGUACUUGACGAAUGGCAAAGUGAAAACCAGUAAUGUCGUAGAGAUACACACAAAAUCUGAAAACUCUCCGGAGACUGUUGACAAUAUAAUAGAGGCGUCGUCAGUGUCGGGGGGUCGCGGCGGGGCGCGCGGGGACUACUACGGCGCGCUGGUGGCGGUGGGCGUGGUGGCGGCGCUCGGCGCGCUCACCUCGCUGCUGCUGCUGCUGGUCGUGGUGCGGAGGCACCGCCCGCGCUCCGUGCCCAUCACGCCGGUGCCGUCAGCGCCGCGCGAGUCCUCGCUGCCGCCGUACGACAACCCCGCGUACAAACUGGAGCUGCAACAGGAAACUAUGGGUAAUGGGAAUUAUAAAUUUAGCAUGUGAUCUCUGACAGUUAAGUUCCCGUGGGCACCAGGGUAAUGGGCUCAACGGGAUGGCAGCCAACGAGCCACAAGCGAGGCGCAGGCCGUAUAACGAAAUGGCCGUCUAAAACAGAUUAUAAACUAUAAGCCAAAUGUAUACAAGCAAGUGAUUGAAGUAUACAAUAACAGCCAAAGUAUACACACUGGUUAAAGUAUACAAAGUGGUCAAAGUAUACACAGUGGUUAAAGUAUACAAAGUGGUCAAAGUAUACACAGUGGUUAAAGUAUACAAAGUGGUCAAAGUAUACACACUGGUUAAAGUAUACAAAGUGGUCAAAGUAUACACACUGGUUAAAGUAUACAAAGUGGUCAAAGUAUACACAGUGGUUAAAGUAUACAUUUGGUAAAAGUGUUAAAGUGGCAGAACUAUGUGAACUAAUCACUAUUGUGAAUUAAAUGCAUUGUGUAGAGAAGAAGUUAAAUUACUAUAUUAAGGUGGGUACACACUACAGCACAUACAAGUGUCCUAGUGUAUGCCUUUAUAAUUUUACUUUUGUAAACUCUAACUGACAAAGUGCACUUUUGCUCAAUAAUUUGACAGAUUAUAAAAUUUUACGGGAUUUUUUAUAGUUUUUUUUAUUGAUUCUGUCAGUUUAAUAUAUGCGCUAUGUUAUCUGUGCACUUUGUAGUCAUGUCAAAUAUAAUUUAUUUGAUAUAUAGUUUGACCAGAAAUAUAAAACCUCACACCAUAUUGCGAAUAUUACAGAACUAAUUUCUUUUAGGUUAUGAAGGAGAGGUGUUCUAUUUUUCUGAAUUAACUAUAUUUUAAUUAUUAAAUAGAAUUGUUAAAGGCUAAAUGAGUGCACUUGUACCUUUAUUGUAAAUAGUGUCAAUAAAUUAUAUACAUGUAUAGAAAUAAUUUGUUAAAAAUAUUGACAAAUGAGAAUUAUGUAUGUUAGUAACAUAUCUCCAUUGACGGAACCAACAAAUGCAUGCCAUCUCUAUCACUCUCUCUAAAAAAACUGAGAUAGCAUGUAUUUGUACAGUUUUUCGCUAGUGGAAACUUAUGUAAGUUAAAUUAAUAUGAAAUGUGCAUUUGGGACGCUAUUUGAUAAUUAGCUCUGAAAAAUGCUCUUCAUUUUAACUUUUUUACACGAAUUAGAUCAUUAGUAUUAUAAUAAAAGAAUAUUUUAAAUUUACUGUUAUAUACCGACAAAAUUUACUAACCCUUGUUAAGUAAAACUAACUAUAUCUCACUAGCGCCCCCAUUAAUAUGAAAAUUGUCAAUAUAUUCUUAUAUUAACUGUAUUAUCAUGUUUUGUAAGAAAAUAAAACAUAUUAAGAUAUAAAGAAUGACAAAAACAUUAAGACUUCAGUAACAGACACAUUAACACUAACCUCGUCCCCAACUCGUCUGUUCUGUACCGUCAGUUAACGCGUGACGUCAUGAAGCCAUUGGUAAAGAUGCAUACGAGAAAUACAAUAAAGAUUUUAUAACACUUUUGGUAUAAAGCGGCAUUAGAACUAUAAUUUAUUUUGACUUAUGUCCACGUCGAUAUCUACUCGUAUAUCGGUCUAUUUCACAUUUUUGGUAGAACUAACUAUAAUAGCAUCGCUCUUAACGGGCCAAAUAUAUCGAAUUAUCAUCUAUAGGCCUAACAGUCGGCUUUGAUUUGUGCAUUUACUACCCAUGGGUUCCCUUUAUAAAGCUAUAAUACAUUUUGUUUGAAAAAGGUAACAUAUUAAGAGUUAUCCGGCAGUGGAAAUGUACGGUAAUCCUAGCUAGUAAACGCACAAACCAAAGUACAUAAUAGGCAUUUCACAAUACUUAUUUAAAUACCGAUGUUACGAGGUGUAACAUUCAUACUUAUGAGCUCAUUAGGAAGUUCAUUUCUCGUAACACUAUUCGUCAGUAUGCCGUAGUAAAAAUUUGUGGAUAUAUCAUAAUCAAUACAAUUUAGUUUAACAAUUUAUCGUCACGUUUUAAUGUGACAAAACUAUCGCACAACAGUUGUGCGAUUGUCGAUUGAUUCGCAGACAAUUCAACUGUUUAGUUGCACUAUAAAAGUCGAGUAGUGUGCACCUUCAUAAAAGUUCAUAUGAAUCAAAGUAAGACUAAACAGUUGUGCGAUAGUUUACUCAAAGGUGUGCGCGCGUUUUAAGUGUAUUUUCACCGCAAAUGUGCCUUUCUGAAUAACAUUUAAUGUAAAAGUUACCUAAUAUGGAAUUAAUAAGUUUCACCUAUUUUAAGAAGAAGCAUUGUUAUUUAUAUUGUUAAUUGUCAUUAAAUAAACAAACUAUUUAUAAAUUUA